AUACUGGUGCAAAUGAUUCAUUAUAUACUGGUAACAUUCCUGAGUAUUUAGAAAUAAAAAUAGAUAAAAAAAAUGUUUACAAACUUAUUGGUGCAGUUGAAGAUUCCCAAUCUAUUGGUACAUCAUAUAAUGUUCCUAUAACUAUAUAUACUGAAAAAGAUUCUAUAACAGUUCUCAAAAAUGAGAUGGGAUCCAAUAGUAAAGGGGAAUUCACAGCUACACACAAUGGAAAAACUAUUACAAUUCCUCUUUCUACUUACAAAGAAUCAUAUAAUGCAUUUAAUACAGAAAAAUUACAAGCAUCAGAGAUAAAAAAAAAUCAAUAA